AUGACAAAAAGAAGCAGUUAAUGCCCCCACAGUAUUCACCUAACUUCCAAUUGUACAAUACCUACAAGUUUUUGUAAAUGUAAUCAGAAAACGAGUCAAAAAAAUCAGCAACAAUAAGGUUGGAAUAGCAACUGUACGUGAAAAUGUGUAGCAUAGGAAUCAAAUGAAGCAGUGAAGAUUGAUCAGUUCCUGUGUCGUUUUCAACCUUUUAGGAACUCCAAAACGUUGUCGUUUCCCUCAUCUUCUCUUCUUCACACUCUGCUGUCUCAUAUCCCACUGACAAGUUUAGAUCUCCACUCUCUCAAUCUCAAUAUUUCUUCAAUUCCCUCAAAUUUAUUUAAAAAUGAGGAAGAUCCACAUUCUCCUGUUGUCUCUGUUGGUAUCAGUAUCGGUAUCAGCAACGCAAUUCUCGGUUCCGAAAUCGAAGCACGCUAACAAAAUCCUGGUUCUACCCUUAAAAACCCAAAGCAAGCUCCCCUUCACACACAACGUGACGCUCACCGUUUCAUUGGCUGUGGGCACGCCCCCACAGAACGUUACCAUGGUCCUCGACACAGGCAGCGAGCUCUCCUGGCUACAGUGCAACACCACCCAGAGAGACCGCCCCGCCUUCGACCCGACCCGCUCCGUCUCCUACACCCCCGUCGCCUGCUCCUCCCCCACCUGCACCACCCAAACCCUAGACUUCUCCAUCCCCGCCUCCUGCGACGCCAGAAACCUCUGCCACGCCGUCCUCUCCUACGCCGACGCCUCCUCCUCCGAGGGCAAUCUCGCCUUCGACAACUUCACCAUUGCCGGCUCCAAAUUCCCGGGCACCAUAUUCGGGUGCAUGGAUUCGGGCUCCACCACCAACCCGGAAGAGGACUCCAAAACAACCGGGUUGAUGGGCAUGAACCGCGGAUCCCUCUCCUUUAUCUCCCAAAUGGGCUUCAAAAAAUUCUCCUAUUGCAUUUCCGCUUCCGAUUUUUCCGGUAUUUUGCUCUUCGGCGACUCCAAUUACACGUGGCUUCUCCCCUUGAAUUACACUCCUUUAAUCCAGAUUUCUACCCCUCUCCCAUAUUUCAACCGAGUGGCUUACACGGUCCAGCUCGAGGGCAUUAAGGUCUCGGAAAAUUUGCUCCAGUUACCCAAAUCCAUAUUCGAACCCGACCACACCGGGGCGGGUCAGACCAUGGUCGACUCCGGCACCCAAUUCACUUUCCUCCUCGCCCCGGCCUACACCGCCUUGAGGAACGAGUUUAUAAACCAAACCGGGGGCGUGUUGCGGGUCUUGGAGGAUCCGGAUUUUGUGUUUCAAGGCGCGUUUGAUUUGUGCUUUCGGGUGCCUUUGAAUUCCACGGGCUUGCCCCAAUUGCCCGCCGUGAGUUUGGUGUUUCGGGGCGCUCAGAUAACGGUGUCGGGCGCCCGUUUGCUCUAUCGGGUCCCGGGCGAGGUCCGGGGGAGCGACGCGGUGCAUUGCUUCACUUUUGGGAACUCGGAGCUGCUAGGGAUGGAGGCGUACAUCAUAGGGCAUCAUCAUCAGCAAAAUGUGUGGAUGGAAUUCGAUCUCGAGAAGUCGAGGAUUGGAGUGGCGCAAGUUCAAUGCGAUUUGGCUGGACAAAGAUUCGGGAUCCGUCAUUAGUGCAUUUUGUACACCGCGACGACAUCAUAGCUCAGUGGUAUUCCUGGCCAUGGUUAGGUCCAGAGACGAGAGUGAGAAUCUUAAAGUACCUCGUGCAUUGCACGUGCGGAGUAUUCGGACGCGGCAAGUGUUAAGCCAAUGUGUGCCCAAUUCUCAUUUGUGUGUGAAGGCUCAACGCAUAUGGAAGACAUUGAUGGUAUAAUUGAAUGCUUAUUAAAUGGUGGAAGAUGAUUGUCCUUUCCAUUUUUCAUUUCAUAUUAUUGCCUUCAUUAAUUAUUUUGGACUUAUUACUGUACUGUACAUUGCAUCAAUUGAAUUCUCGUGAUGGAUAUUAAAUAGAUGGUUCGCCUUGGAUAUUUUUCA